CUUCCCCAUUUAAAUUCUCUCUCUCAAUCUCCCUCUCUCUCUCUCUCUCUCUAUAUAUAUAUAUAAAAGAGAUACGUACACAUUGCUAUACGUAUAUGUGUAGCCAGCACACAUGGCAAUGGAGCAACCAACGCGAAGAAGCAAAGAAACAUAAAAAAAAAAAAGGGGUGAGCUUUAUUUAACAUUGAAGAGAGGUCUGAUCGAACAAUGAAUCCGCCCAACAAACACAACACUGAAUCACCAAUUCUGCUCUCUAAUUAAAUUUCUAUUAUUUUUUGCAAAGAAUCCAAUCAUAGUACGUACCUAUGUAUGUAUAUACCUUUUAGCAAUAUUAAUGUGUUUUUUAACUCUCUACUGCACAUGGCUUCUUCUUCAGUUCCCUAAAAUUUCACCCAUUUUUUUAAUCUUAAUCUCCUCCAGCACAUGCCCUCCUCUCUCUCCCUCUCUCUCUCUGCAUUUUCUAUAUGCUCCAAAAAAAAUGGCCCAUUGUUGGUUUUUAAUUUCCAUUGACUGAGCACUCCGACGAGAUUCUUUGUUUCAGAUCUACAGUGAAAAAGUUUUUAGCCCUUCUGUGUUCUUGCUGAUCUAGAGAGAGAGCGAGAGAGAAACCAAACAAAUAUGGAUAGGGAGAGUCGCCACACCACCUGCUGCUGUUGCUGCUUCUGCUGCUGCUCUCUCUCAUUUAAGAGCUGAAAAUCAAAAGUCCAAAAUCUGUAAUCAAACUUCAAUUCAGUUCAUCCUAGUUUAGCACUCUGUUCCAGAUGCAGUAAUCCCCAAAUUGGCUCAAAAAUGGGAUGCGAAAUGGAGAUGGAGAUGGAGAUGGAGAUGGAGACAGACCAGUCCGACGAAGUCCUCCUCUCGUCGAUGUGGCCGGAGGACAUCAACGAAGCCGGGCGGCAAUUCAACAUCGAACGGCCAGGAUCAAAUCAGCUCGACGAGGUGAUCACGAUCAACAAGGAGCCCAACAUUGUCGACUUCAAGCGCCUAAUGGAGCUCACAAACUACAGCGACAAAGGCAACUGGCAGCUCGCCAAGCUCGUCAAAAAUUGGGAAUUCCGGCAGGCCAACGCCGUCCGUCUCCUCCGCGAGGAGCUCGACACGCUCAGCAAGCAGCAGCACGAGGUCGAGCUCAAGAAGCUCGAGAUCCUCGAGGAGCACCGCUUCGAGCAGGACGGAUACGGCGGUGACAAGCGCCCCGUCUCCAUCCUUGACGAGAAUUUGAAGUAUUUGUACCACGAGGUGCCCCCCCGCCGGAGUGAGGACAUCGUCCGGCAGGAAGACAAGGUUGAAUUCGACACCGCCGAGUGCGACAGCAGCGGCGUCGUCUAUUGGAAGCAGCGCGCUGCAUGCCUCGAGAAGCUUCUAGAAGCUAGCCUGCAGCGCGAGCAGGCGUUGCUCGUGAAGCUGCAGGAGAGCAUUGAGAAUCUCGAGAGGCAAUCCUCUCCCGUCGAGGAGCUGUCGCAGGUUCUUACACGAGCCGAUAACUUCUUGCACUUCGUGCUUCAAAAUGCGCCCGUUGUCAUAGGCCAUCAGGACAAAGAUCUCCGGUAUCGCUUUAUAUUCAACCAUUUCCCGAGCUUGGGCGAACAGGACAUCAUAGGCAAGACCGACGUGGAGAUCUUCUCUGGUUCGGGUGUAAAGGAGUCGCAAGACUUUAAACGGGAGGUCCUCGAACGAGGCCUCCCGGCAAAGAGAGAGAUCACAUUUGAAACCGAGCUUUUUGGCUCCAAGACAUUCUUAAUUUAUGUCGAGCCUGUCUUCAGCAAGGACGGGGAAACCAUCGGCGUAAACUACAUGGGAAUGGAAGUAACCGAUCAGGUUAGGAAACGCGAAAAAAUGGCGAAAAUUAGGGAGGAAAUGGCUGUGCAGAAAGCAAAGGAGACUGAACUCAACAAAACUAUCCACAUUACAGAGGAAUCGAUGCGCGCGAAACAAAUGCUGGCGACCAUGUCUCACGAGAUACGGUCUCCUCUGUCCGGAGUCGUAAGCAUGGCCGAGAUCCUGUCCACGACGAAACUCGACAAAGAGCAAAAGCAGCUACUCAGCGUGAUGCUGUCUUCUGGCGAUUUAGUCCUCCAGUUGAUAAACGACAUCCUCGAUCUCUCCAAGGUCGAAUCGGGAGUUAUGAAGCUGGAAGCGACGAAGUUCAGACCGAGGGAGGUUGUGAAACAUGUGCUUCAGACAGCGGCCGCAUCAUUGCAGAAGCUACUGACCCUGGAAGGCAAUAUCGCGGAUGAUGUCCCCAUUGAGGUCGUUGGCGAUGUUCUUAGGAUUCGACAGAUUCUUACGAACCUCGUUAGCAACGCAAUUAAGUUUACGCACGAAGGGAAGGUCGGGAUAAAUCUAUACGUAGUUUCAGAGCCGAAUUCUCAGACAAACGUGGGUACAGAACACCGGUCAUGUAAUACCAACGGCGAACAAAAUGGCGCGGCUGCAAUGGAUGAAGAUGAAACGACAAGUCAUCCAGACAAAGAGACGGUUGUCUGGAUUCGAUGCGAUGUCUAUGACACAGGGAUUGGCAUACCCGAAAACGCAAUGCCGACUCUGUUCAAGAAGUACAUGCAAGUCGGGGCAGACACCGCUCGGAAAUACGGUGGGACGGGCCUUGGCCUCGCCAUUUGUAAGCAACUGGUCGAGCUGAUGGGGGGACAUCUCACCGUAUCUAGUGUGGAGCAUAAGGGUUCGACUUUUACAUUCGUGCUUCCUUACAAGGUCUCAUCGAUCUCCUCGGAGAGCUCGGAUGAUGUGGACGAGCUUUCAGACAUGGAUCCUCGAGGCAUCCUAGGCGACGCCAACGAUGAUGAUCUACACACGGGCGUGUUCCUCUUCCAACCGCGCACUUUAGGAUCUCUGUUUUCAUCGCAAACACCCGGGAGGAUACAAAAGCUCGCCCCUAGCCCGUACGGAUUCAACCGUUCUCUUACAUGUAAUGGAUUGUUGGAGGAUGUCUCGACUCCAACGAGCAAUGUCUUGACGGAUGAAGAGACCGUUUUAGGUGACUGUCCUCCUUCCAUCGAGACAGCAUUCGAACACCGGACUUCAGACACACUCGGAGAUGAUCGGGCUGAUGGAGCUGAGGAUCGGUCCAAUGUUGUUGUCCCAACGAGUUCCUUAACAUCAAGCAACAAUAUCGACCAAAUGUCGGGGGAUCGGCGCCAUAGCCAAGCUAAUGAAAGCUCGGAGUGCUCAUCCAGCAACAGCCCCGAAGAAGUCGAGAUGAAACCGAAAAUCCUCCUUGUCGACGACAACAAGAUCAAUGUGAUGGUGGCGAGAUCGAUGAUGAAGCAAUUAGGACACAAUAUCGAUGUUGUCCACAAUGGGGCGGACGCCGUUCGCGCGAUCCAGCAAACGAGAUAUGAUCUCGUCCUAAUGGACGUAUGCAUGCCGGUGAUGGAUGGUCUGAAAGCGACACGUUUGAUCCGUUCGUUUGAGGAAACCGGGAGUUGGGACGAGGCGGUGAAGGCCGGGGUGGAAAUGCCGGCUCUUAGACAGCCCGAGAAGCCGGGCAAGAAGAUCCCUAUAAUAGCGAUGACCGCAAAUGCGUUGUCGGAGAGCGCGGACGAGUGCUACGCGAACGGGAUGGACUCGUUCGUGUCGAAGCCCGUUACGUUUCAGAACUUGAAACAAUGCUUGCAACAGUAUUUAGCAUGAAGGACGUUUUUUUUAGAGUUCAUCUUGUAAAAAAUGAUUUACUGUGUAUUAUCAAUCUUGUGUAUAAAAAAGCAUAGAAAUGGAGAUGAGUUAGGCAAGUUUUGACAUGUAUGUAUUU